AUGCAGCGCACGGGGCCGGGCGGGGCGGGGCCUGGCGCCGUGCUGGGGGCGGGGCCUGGCGCCGCGCUGGGGGCGGGGCCGGGGCGCGCGCUGCUGAGGCGGGAGCUGCGGCUCCUCGAGUCCAUCUUCCACCGCGGCCACGAGCGCUUCCGCAUCGCCCGCGCCUGCCCGGACGAGCUGGGCUGCGAGUUCCUGCCCGGCCCGGGCGGCGGGGGGCCCGUCCGUAUCCAUGGCAACAUCACGGUGAGUCCCCGGGCGGGGGGGGAGGAGGGGGCGCCUUCAAUUGGGCGGGAGACCCUCGCCCUCCCUCGGGGGCGGGGCAUGGAGGAGAGUGGGGUGAUGGGGCGGGGCGUGUGGAACCGGGGCGGGGCAUGCAGAGGUUGGGCGGGGCGUUUUCUGAGAGGGGCGGGGCGUGUGUGGGCGGGGCUUGGAGGGCGGGGCCUAAGGCGGGCCGUGGGUGGGGGUAGUUGGCAAGGUACAAGAGGGAUCAUGGAAAGCCCCUGUGCAAACCUACGAAAGUUGCAAACUUGGCAUAUCAUGGUAUCCUGUGUUAACACACUGGCGGCAGUGGAGGCGGAAGCCCCAUUUUACAUCAGUGGCAUGUAGCUUCCAGGUCAACAUUGCAUGAUCUAAGCCACUCACCCUCUGCCAGCCCACUUCCAAGCGAAAGCAAAGACUUGCCCUGCCUUUGCAACUGGGGCAGAAACCCAGUGGGUUGGCAGAGGAGGGUUGGAGGGAUCCUCCCUCUGCCAGCCUACUCACUCGCCUGCGUGGAAUUUCUGCUCGCCUCUGAUGACCAUCCUGAGGCUUAAGCACAAUGCAGGCAGCUGGGAGGCAGGGGGUUUCCCUUCUUGAACACUUCCGCAACAUGAGAACCCAGUGGGGCCACCCGGUAAGCCAAAUGUUGGACAAUUCGGGACAGACAAAAGAAAGUAGUUCUUCACACAGUGCACAAAUGAUGGGAUGUAAUACAGACUUGAAAAGAGGAUUGGACAGAUUUGUGAAGAAUAAGGCUAUCAAGGCUAUAUUCUCCUUCCCCUGUGAAAAACAGUAUGCCUCUGAAUUGCCAGCUGCUGUUGUGCCUGAGUCCUGCUUUCAGGUUUCCCAGGGGCACCUGGUUCUCCACCCUGUGGACAGGAUGCCAGGACAGACUGGCCUUUGGGCCUAAUCCAGCAGGUUUGGGAGACCAGCCUUAAUUUAGCAGGGGAGAUGUGAUUUAUAUGGGGCAGCUGCUAGGGUAACACAGUGUGCAGCAUGUAGCUGAAAAGGGGUGCAGGCUGCAGCAUGGAAGCAGAGGUGCAGGACAGCCCAGGUGCUCCAGUGGCCUAGGUGGAAAAAGAUGAGAAAGGAUCAGGCGAAGAGGUGUCACUAUUUUGCUUUCACGACUCAGAUCUUCAGCCCUGUUUACCUUCUUAGUGGUUUAGACUGGAAGUACCACUUCAGAGAUCUGGGGAAUGUGUAGCCCCUCAACCCUGACCAUUGGACAUCUUGGCUGCAGCUGAUGUGUGUUGGGAGGCCAACAGUAUCUGUAGGGACCCGCAGGAUCUCCAGCUCUGGAAUAACAGAUGCCUGGGUCAAAAAGCAGGGAGGGUUGUGAUCUCAACUAAGACCUUAGACUUGAGACCCCUUGAGAUUGGACUGGCAGACUUCAUUAUGGCAUCAAGUUAGUCCCUAGCUGCAUGGCUUUAAUGUUCAGAGGGCCACAAGAACCCUGGCAGGUAGAAUAACAUUGCUAGCCCUUGGGAGCUGAAGUCAAGGUAUUUAGAUCAAGACUGGAGAACCUCAAGGUAUCAUUGGACUCCAAUUCCCAUCAGCCACAGCCAGCAUGGGUGAUGGGAGUUGUGGUCCAGUGACAUCUGGAGGACAAUAGCGUCCCCAUCCCUAGCAUAAUGGGCUUGUGACAGGAAGUUGCAGAGGACUGAAGCAGAACAACGUUGUCAUAUCUGGUUAUCUCUGUGAGAUGCUAACCCCCUCGGUUUCCCCGCCUUCUCUAGGAGUCUUAUCCAGCUGUCCCCCCAAUAUGGUCCGUGGAAUCGGACGAUCCCAACCUGGCGGCGAUCCUGGAGCGGCUAGCAGACGUGAAGAAAGGAAACACGUUGGUGAGGCGGGAGAAGCGCCACCUCUUUGGGGAAGGAGGGGGAGCGAUUGAGCUGGAGGAGGCAGGGUGGGGGGUGAUCAGCAUUCCUCCUUUUUCCAUAACUUUGUUGUCGUUGGCUUCCUUCUUGGGUAGCUUCUGCAGCACCUCAAGCGGAUCAUUUCCGAUCUCUGCAAACUCUACAACCUUCCCCAGCAUCCGGACGUUGAAAUGCUGGACCAGCCUCUGCCUGCUGAGCAGGUAAGCCAGCCUUGUGGCUCCCGGCAAGGCUCCUGGGCCAGGUGGCAUUCCUCUGCCAUGGAGGCUGCUUGAAUGGGCACAAUUGGUUCUGUAUUUAUUUCUUCCUGUCCGGCACAUUUCCUCUGUGCAAAACUUCUUCAGGCAGCAGCAGAGUUCGCAGCAGUUGCUUCCGUGUAAGGAGAAGGAAAAGUCCACACACUGUUCUUUCUAUCUAACAGCGUUUAUUUACAUCAGCAAGCAAAGGAACAAAGAAAUCCACCCGAACACCAGUCACAGGUGUACUAAAAUAGGUUCCAUAUAGGAAGGUGUUAGGAAUCAAUGCCCCAGGACACUCCUGACUGUUGCCUACGCAGCAAAGUAGCAGAGUAGUGGAACUCUGGUAGAUGUGGGAUUACAAGGAAACACAACACACAGGAAAAAUCAUUCAUAGAAGUUUACUAAGGCAUAAGUUCUUUGUCAAGAGUCCCAAUAAAGUACAGCAUAGCUCCUCUUAGAGCAAAAAAAAAUCCAGUUUCAGCCUAAAAAGACACUACACAAAUAUAAAUGCAAAAAUAUAAAUGUAAAAGAAGUCAGUCGAAGAAUGAAGAAAAAGAAGGAGGAGAAAGACUGCUCACUGGGCGGCAGAUAAUACGCUUCCCCGUGGCCUUGGUACUAAGAUAAGAGACACAGUUCAAAACAACAGCUGCUUGCUUUGAGCCGAAUGGAAAGUUACAGACCUGCUAGAACGCACAAGCAUGUUCCAGCUUUUAUUGGCAGCUUCUGCAAAUAAAUAAAACUUCACUCCAUGACAGAAGGGGCAGCGGACUGUGCUUUAUGAUGAGUUCCAUAUUGUCUGUACUGACCUGCAGCAGCAGUCCAGGGGUUCAGAUGGGAAUCUUUCCCAGCCUUAGUUGGGGAUGCUGAGAAUUGAAGCAGUGACCUUCUGUGUGCAAUCCGGCAGACAAACAUUAGAAUCUUCUUCUUUUAAAAUACAUUUUACUAAUUUGAUGAAUAAAAAAAUUCAAAUAAACACACAUUGAUAACGUAACACUAUAUGUGGAGAUUCUCCAAAUCUCGCGACUUCCCCCCAUCCCGUCCAUGAAGUCUUCUUUUAAAACAUCUACAACUGCAUAUUCGUUUGCGCUCCAGUUAUUAUAUCAAACCAUAUUAUCCAUGAUAUUUUUUACACUACAAGUGUGUCAAAAUCCUGCUCUGGUUUCCAUCUGCUUAUGGUGGUCUCCUAAAUAACCACAAGUUAUUUCCCCCCCAUUCUUUUACAAAGUUUUUAUCCUCUUGAUUUUCAGAAAUCAAGGAAACUCAGAAACAAACAUGAGAAUCUUCUGUUUAACCUUUUGUCCAAGCCAAGAAACUAUGACUAACAGCUCUGGAAUGAGCCACAAUAUUAAAAUAUAGUUCAAAGUUGUUUUAAUUCCUUGCAGAGCAGUUCAUAGGAAUGUAGGAAGCUGCCUUAUAUUGAGUCAGACAAUUGGCCCACCCAGCUCAGUUUUGUCUACACUGAUCGGCAGGGACUCUCUGUGGAGUUGCCGGGGUUUCAACCUGGGACCCUCCUCACCCAAAGCAGAUGUUCUGUUGCUGAGCCACAGCCCUUUCCUAACCACCUCUACUCAUAAGUCUAAAUCCUAUUGAAUUCCACUGGGCUUAUUCCUGGGUAGUUGGGAUUGCAGCCUGUGUAGUGUUAAUGGAAACGUCCUGGUUUGGUCACACAAAUUUUCCCUGUGAAAGGCUCAUUCAUAUUUUGACAUACUGAGAUGAUUGUCUGAAUGCAGUCGUUUUUUAUAAAACCUCUAAACAGCUUGCUUUAAGGCAGGCAUUAACGUGUAGCGUUUGGAGCAUAGUUAGCCUAACUUAAGGAAGCUGAGAGUUGUUGGGAGGUCUCUAUUUCUCUCACUGAGCUACAACUCCCAGAGCAGUUCAGCAGCCUGUCCCUCUUCCAAGGGAACUCUAACACCCAACAGCUCCCAGCGCUCUUAACAAACUUCCAGGAACUGGGAACACCAUGACAUCAUUGCAAUUUAAACAUCGGCUGCAAGCAUGGCCUUACGGCAGUGUUUUCUAGAAUAACUCCACGCACCUGUCCUCCUGCUGUUUUGUUCCAUAGAGCACACAGGAAGAAGUGUCCUCUGAAGAGGAAGACGAGGAGAUGCCAGAGGUAAGGGGUGCAUUCCUUUAAAACUUCCCAACUCCUCUUUGCUCAGCCACCUCAAUUCCACAGCCAUUCCUGUUCCUUCAGAAAUGUUCAGGACAGGGGCAAUAGUAAUAAUUUUAUAACUUAUACCCUGCCCAUCAUGUGGACUGGAGAUUUUAGUGCGAUAGCGAGCAAGGAUUCGGAUACAUCCAUCAGUGGUAAAUAACAGACACAUCCAAAUCCAUAACAGCUUUAAAAAUUGGCUGCAGAAGCCUAUGUUAAAAGGUCUGUGGAGAUACAUUUUGGAGACAUAGAGCACCCUUCCUAUUUAGCAUGGAACAGUUCUUGAAUAGUUCCACGUUGCUAAAUUUCUAUGUAAGAAAUCAACCUUAUAGUGUGGCAGCACCUACACCUCAGAACUCCCUGCCUUUUGAUAUUAGACAGGCUCCUUCACUACCAUUUUCAGCGCCUGCUAUAAAUGUUUUUGUUAGGCAUGCCAUGAGGGAAUGUGGCCCUUGGGUGAAAGGAAGUCCCCCCCACCCGCUGCUUGCAGUUGUGGAAGCUGAAGCAGCACGAAUCAGACCUGCAUAGCUUUGCAGCUUUUGAUUUCUAAGGAGAGAAAAAAAGAGAAUUCAAAGCUGUCGUGAGUCAGGAAUAUGUCACGAGCUCAGUCUUCUUGCGUCGCAGGGGGGUUGGACUAGAUGGCCCUUGGGUCCCUUCCAACUUCACAAUUCUGUGGUUCUCUUCUCGCCCCCCCAAGGACACAGAAGAACUCGAUCACUAUGAGAUGAAAGAAGAGGAGCCGGCGGAAGGAAAGAAGGCGGAAGAUGACGGCAUUGGCAAAGAAAACCUGGCCAUCCUCGAGAAAAUAAAAAAGAACCAGAGGCAAGAUUACUUAAAUGUACGUGUCGCCAGGCGGGAGGGCAAGGCGGGGAAAUGGGGGGCGGGUUGGGGGUGGAGAUGGAGAGGAGGGUCGCCCAGCUGACGUUUCAAAGCCUGCCUCUCCCUCUUUGAUGCUGGGAGUGGCACAUGGUCGGAGUGCGGCUUCCGUGAGCCCUGGCUGUUGGCUGCACUGCCUGGGGGCUGGUGGGGGUUGGAGUCCACCUUGCCAGGAGAGCACCAGGCCAGCCCUGAGCCUGGGCAAUAGCUUGUCUCCAUUCUGGGGGCAGGGGGGGGGGAUGGAGUAACCUGGGGCUGGGCAGCCCGUUUUGCUAGCAACAUGGGUGUAACAGUGAAAUUCCUCCUCCCUCUCGCCCUCUCUCAGGGGGCAGUGUCUGGGUCUGUGCAGGCCACUGACCGGCUAAUGAAGGAGCUCAGGGAUAUUUACCGAUCGGCAAGUUUCAAGGGUGGUGAGUAUCUAGCCUGGAAAAGCCCCGAGGCAGGGGAUGGGGAGGGGCUGAGGACUGGGAGCCUGGCCUUGUCUCUGCUUUUUGGGGAAGUGGUUGUCAUCGGUCAGGAAGAGGGGGGCAGGACUGUUGAGAAACCUGGAUUGUAAUAAGUAAACUGAGUUGGUAGAUAAUGUGAUGCAUUAUUUUCUUGUGGUUGCGUGCCUGAUGUAUACUGAUGCCUAUAAUGUAGAAUUUGAAAUUUAUUUUGUCACCCCUGUUCGUAUUUUUGUGUUGCGUUGGUCUUUUCAGUGGGGUGUAGAUGAUGGAGCAAUUGUUUUGUUCAUGGUUUGUUUAGGUUGAUAUAUAUACUGUGGGCUGUGUCCUUGCUCACUCUGCUCGCCAACCCUAACCAAUAAUAAUAAUAAUAAUAAUAAUAAUAAUAAUAAUAAUACUUUUAUUAUUUCUACCCCACCCAUGUGGCUGGAGUAACUCUGUCAUUCUGGGCGGCUUCCAAUGUAUAUAAAAACAUAAUUACCCCAUUAACCUGCAGCCUCCCUUUCCCAGGAUUCUCAUGUUCCACUGCAAAUGGGGGCUGCACAGUGACAGCCCUACAUAUACAGUGGUACCCUGGGUUAAGAACUUAAUUGGUUCUGGAGGCCCGUUCUUAACGUGAAACUGUUCUUAAGCUGAAGCACCACUUUAGCUAAUGGGGUCUCCUGCUGCCACUGCCGCGCGAUUUCUGUUCUCAUCCUGAAGCAAAGUUCUUAACCCGAGGUGCUAUUUCUGGGUUAGCGGAGUCUGUAACCUGAAGUGUCUGUAACCCGAGGCACCACUGUAUUUGUAUGUAUACAGGCAACUCCCCACUUGUACGCAAUCUACUUGCAUGCGACGGCCCAAAGGGACAUCCUCUUUAGGUUCUGGGGUCUCCCUGAGAGCCACAAGGACUCUCUAGGGCGCUCCCCACUUAGGUGCACUUCAUUUAUGCACAUGGGGCCUGGAAUGUAACCCCUUUGUGAAUGGGGAGUCGCCUAUAUAUAUUGUGGAAGCCGAGAUGGUUUGCUGUAGGAAUUUAAUUCUGUUUUGUUGGUUACUUUAAGGGGUGUGUGUGUGUGUGUGUGUGUGUGUGUGUGUAUUGUAUAGCCAUUCUUCCUUUCCUUUCCUUUCUCCUGCAAUACUGACUGCUUCUUUGUAUUUCCCACAGGAAACUAUGCAGUUGAACUAGUGAACGACAGCCUGUACGACUGGAAUGUCAAACUCCUGAGGUAAGGGUCUGACUGGUCCCGUGUGGGUGGGCGCUGCACCCUACCCUAAGCAAGAUGCCUGGGUGUAGGGGGAGGCCCCGACCACCCCUCCAUUCCAGUAUGAAUCGGGACUUCACACACACUUGAAGACGCCUGCUCUGCUUUUUCUUCCGGGCCGGUAGAUUGGCAAAGGGAUUUCCCCCCCCCUCCUCUCUUUCUCCACCAGCGAGAGAGGCUGGGGCAGAGCACCUUGCAGUGGGCUGCUUCCAGCCAAGCUGAAAAAAAUCAACAAAGGCUUAUCUGAGCCUGCUUUCUUGAUUCAUAGGCAGCAUUUUUAUUGCAGCUCUUCCAGCAACGACAGCAAAGGCUCCCAGAGCAGUUCACACAUGCUGGGGAAUCAAAUAGUCCUUGCCCUCGGGUUCUUCUCAUGAAGUUAGCUAGUGCUUUGGUAGAUGGAGAGGUUAAAACUUCUCUGCCCAUCCCAGUGCCUCUGAAUAUACCCCAGAUACCCUCCUCCCCAGCCAGCGGAUCUAUUUAACCAGUGGAGUGAGGAUUUAUGUGUGCGAAACAUAGAUAGAUAGAUAGAUAGAUAGAUAGAUAGAUAGAUAGGCUGAUGGGCUGCCCUCUGUCCCUUCCCCCACCUCCCAGAAAAGCCAGCAAGAGCCACACGCUCUUUAAAGAGCCGUGCCUAGCAUGUGUGCGGCUCUUGGGGGCUUUUCUGCGAGGUGGAAGAAGGGACUGACCAGCUGCCCUUCUCCAUCCUUGGGGAAAAGCCCCCGCUCCACGCAGCUCUUUAAAGGGAGUGCUGAGCAGAGCCUCCCGCCUGCAUUCGCUCCAUAAGACGCACACACCUUUCCCCUUACUUUUUAGAAGGGGAAAAAGUGCAUCUUAUGGAGCGAAAAAUACGGUAUAUGUGCUGGUGCAUGGACAACCUGCCCCCAGUGUGUGUUUAUUGCACCAUAUCCCACCUUUUUCUCCAAAGAACUAAAGGUGUGGGUUUUCUCCAUACCUCGCUUAAUCCUCACAACAGCCCUGCGAGGUAGGGUAGGCCGAGAGGCAGUGACUGGCCCCAGGUUGCCCCCAAUGAGCUUCAUGGCCGUGUUGGUCUCUGCCAGGUCCUACACCACACUGACUCUUGUUUCGGCCAGGAGUGAAUCCUGCCCACGGAACAAAAAGGGUUCCACAGAUCACAGAAUUGUAGAGUUGGAAUGGACCAUCUAGUUCAAUCCCCUGCAAUGCAGGAAUACGCAGCUGGAUGGAACCUGCGGCCUUGGCGUUGUCCGCACCAUGCUCUAACCAACUGAGCUAUCCAGGAGAGUUAGAAAGUUAGCCCCACCCCCUGGAUAGAAGGCCCCCCCCCAUCUAGGCCAAGGUUGGGGAAUCUCUGACCCAAAUGUGGACCUCCAGUGUGCUCCAUCUGGCCCUUGGGACUCUUCCCCAGGCAACACCUCAGGCAAACCUCUAUGCACCUUCCACGAGUGUUUUCGCCUGGCUGGGGCGUUUCCUUGAACUCUGGUUGUGCAUCUCGCUUGCCUGUUUAGAGGUGUGUGUCGUGACGGUGCGGAGAAACUACCCCAUUGUACAAAAGUGGGAGGAAAAAAUUGCAUUUGUUCUUCCACCUGCUUUGGCUUCUCGUCCAGCCCAACAUGUGACCCCCAAAGCGGGAACUCUGACCUGGGGAGGGGCGAGUGGCCUUCCUCUGGCCUCGGCUCAGCUUGCCUCCCUUCUCUCCCAGGGUGGACGAGGACAGCGCCUUGCACAGCGACCUGCAGAUCCUCAAAGAGAAAGAGGGGGCAGACUUCAUCCUCCUCAACUUCACCUUUAAGGUCAGGCUGGUGGGAGGGAGGAGGUGGCGGCGGCAGCAGCAACUGAUGGCCGGGGUGGGAGGGAAAGGGAGGGCUGCCCGGCAGCCAGCUCAGCGUCUCUCUUCUCCUUUCAGGACAACUUUCCCUUUGACCCGCCCUUCGUAAGGGUCGUGUCUCCUGUGCUGUCGGGAGGGUAAGUGCCUGACGAUCCCCACCGGUGGGAUUUGGGUGGCUAGUAUUAGUAACUCAGUUCCCUAUCAAGGGCGAGGACAACAACCCAUGUAAAACCAUGCUGUUUUAAAUCAGUAUUAUUAUUGCUGUUCUAUUUUGCCUUGCUUAUUUUGCUGUAUCCCUCUUGAUGAUUAUUUACGUACCUGGCACAGUCCACUUGGAAUUUCUGUUGUCAAAACCUCAUUUGAAACAAAAUGGGCUUGUAUGAGAGCAUUCCGCUGCUCCAGUUGUGCAUGCUGUGCGCGUAUGCAGUUCCUGGCAGACUGUAUUUUUUUUUGCCUUAUCCACAUUGCAUGAAAACAUCAGAGGAGGAUAAUAAUAAUAAUAAUAAAUAAGAGGCUUUAGUGAAAUUGAUUUAUUUUUAUAAUAUUUAAUAGCUGUCAAUACCCAUCUAUAUUAACUAUAUAAAAAUCAUGUUUACCUUUUUAGAGAAGGCUGUACAGGUUUUUGGACAUAAGUGUUAAAACUGUAAAUCUGAAUAAAGGUUGUUUUGGAGAAGACAAGUUAUUUCCCCCCCCCAAAAAAAAUCAGUAUUAUUUAAAUCUAUAUUACCUCCCUUCUUCUGAAGAUCUCAGGGCAGCCAGAACCUAGGAAACUGUCUCAUACUGAGCCCAGAUCCUUGGUCAUCUAUCUCAGUAUUGUCUACACUGACCGGCAAGUCACUGGGUUUCAGGCAGGGGGACAUUUCCCAGCCCCUACCUGGAGAUGCCAGGAAUUGAACCUGCGACCUUCUGUCUGCAAGGGGGAUGUUCUGCCCCCAAAUUCUUACAGGACACGGAAUUAAAGCCCGGGUGAAGGCCUUACCCCUUAAUCCUAUGCUGCUAGAUGCCCUGUUCCCCGGAGGCAACAGUAUUUGGACCCUAGUUCUAUUGCCGGACAAACUCAUCGGGUGUUCCUUGGUUCUGAAGAAAAUCAGAGGCAGCCACAUUCCGUCUGCUCCAUCUAGAGAUGUAGAGCCAGCUUCCACCUGCCUCCACCCCCUCAAAGGACAGGCCAUCUUAGCUGAGCAGCAAGAUUGGUUGUGGGGCAGGAGGCACAUUAAUAAUUUUAUUAUUUAUACAUUAGGAAAGGGCUUUGAUUGUGAGGAACUGGGUUACUGCUCCCCUUUUAAAUGAAUUUAUACACACAGAGAGCGUGAGAGAGAGAGGGAGAGAGGGGGGCUUUUUGGCUAACAGUAGAUAUUCCUCUGUCCUUCUCUCCCAAGGUAUGUCCUGGGCGGAGGAGCUAUCUGCAUGGAGCUUCUAACAAAACAGGUGAGCGGCUGGGAGGACUCCCAUUUGGGGCCAGGUCCCACUUCUGCAGCAGUUGGGCUGGGGUGUUUGGCUGGCCUGCUGCUCCCUGGGAUAGCUCAGUCAGUAGAGCACGAGACUCUUAAUCUCAGGGUUGCAGGUUCGGGCAAAAAGGUCCCUGCAUUGCAGAGGGGCUGGACUAGAUCAUGCUGGUGGUCGCUCAUUCCUUUUCCCUCACCUCCUUUUCCCCAGGGCUGGAGCAGUGCUUACUCGGUGGAGUCCGUGAUCAUGCAGAUCAGUGCCACACUUGUGAAAGGCAAAGCCAGGGUCCAGUUUGGCGCCAACAAGGUAACCUGGGGCUAGGGUCGACAUAUCCCCUGCCCCAAUUCUCCUGCGUUGGUGUUGUAGAGGAGUCGGCUGCCAGAGGUUCCAACCUCUGGCAGAAAAGAGCCAGCAAAGCUUUAAAGAGAGUUACAAUCCCCCAAGUGCUUUGACAAUCCUUCGCAGAGAACUCUGGAAAGGGAAUUGUGGGCAAUCUCAGCACCCUGAACAAACAGCAGCUCCCAGAAUAUUUUUUUUGGGAGGGGGGGAACCGUGACUGUUCAAAGUGAUGUCAUGGUACUUUAAAUGUGUGGUGUACAAUGUGGCCUAGGUCAGUUUUGGGUCUCCAGCUGUUGCAAGACUACAACUCCCAUCAUCCCUGGCCGUUGGGCUAAGCUAGCGGUGGAUCAUGGGAGUUGUAGUCCUGCAACAUCUGGGGACCUGAGGUUGAAGAACACUGACCUCGGUGACCUUGAAUGAGCCGCAGACCUUUUCUCUCAGCCCUCAAGGUUGUUGCAAGAAUAAAACGGGGGAGAACUAUGUCCACUGCCUUAAAAUACGGGAUGUAAAAAAAAAUGCGGGGCCAGCUUCCUAUGGUCACACCAUGCUUGUCCUAAAAUGCCUGAUUGCAUUAAAAAAAACCAAAAACCACCACUUACAAGAUAUUCAGCACAGUGAGUGUUUUGUGGUUGGAGCAGUGUGGGAGAUAUAAUCUGGCAAAGUUGCCUCUAGGAGUGUAACAUUUCCUUUCACGGGUAUGUGGCUUUUCAGGGUAAUCGUGUUUCUGUGAUUUAGAGGCAGGAGCCUCUAGGGCGCCCUACGGCUGGGCGAUAGCUGGCUUUCAGCUUCGCGAUAUAUUGCCAGCUAAACAUUGUGACAUACGGAUAUAUCACAAUGUCUGAAAUAAGGAUGGAACUGUGUAGAGGCAUUGGCUGGCUUUGCAGUUUUUCCCACGUUUUGAUUUUUGUAUAGCGCAACACACACACACGAUAUAUUGCCAUUGCACGCAUUGUGGGUGAUGACAGAAGGGUGCAGAGAGGGCAGCCUUCUUAACAUUAAAAGCCAUUCUCCUCCCGCAGAACCAGUACAGUUUGACAAGAGCGCAGCAGUCGUACAAGUCCCUGGUCCAGAUUCACGAGAAGAAUGGUAAGGACUGGCACCUUGGUUGAAGUGCUUCCGGUGGAAAGCUUAGGAGCCGACCUGCGUUGUUGGCCACUGUUUCUUAUCCUCUCCUUAAGGGACUUCCAGGCUUAGGGAGGAACAGGUGGGACCCCACAAGUGGCUUUACAAGGAUUUAAACCAGCAAUUUGAGUUGAGCCCAGAAAUUCUGCGAAACAGUAAAGCCAUUAAUGAUAACAACAGUAUUCAGCAAGUUCCAUUCUGUACACCCAUGGCAACUGGUGUCAGGUGCAAGAUAAAAUAGGAGGAGCCAAAUGUAAAAUGAGGUCACGGGGUGGAGUCAGUGACGUCGCAAUAACCUGCAUUUACAAGUACAAAACUACACCCCAGUUAUUACAGGCAACAGCCUAAUCAAGGGAGAGAGGGGUGGUGUUGCAAUUGUUAAACAAUUGUGGGAGGGGAGCUCAGAACCCCCUACCUUCUGCCCUCAUCCCCUUGUCCUAGGGGCGUUCUGUCUAUACUGAAGAGUCUCAUUGCAGUGGAAGAUGGGUAGCAGCAGAGCUUUCCCACUCCAGAAAGUUUGUCUGCCAUUACUGACCACCUAUUCCCGACUGAGGCUGCCACCAGUUUGAAAACCAUCACCCCAUGGCAAUCCCUGUAGGGCACGGGUAGGUUGCCCGGUGCCUUCCAGCUGUUGUUGGGAGGGUGGCUGCAACAUACCCCCAGCAAGGUCUCUGGAUCAGGAGUGACGGGAGUUGGAAUCCAGCAAGAUCCGGAGAGACCCACAGGAUUCCCAUCCCCCUGGAGAGGAUGGCCCCUAGCUCAGUGGCAGAGCGUACGAUUUCUAUGCAAAAAGCCCCCCUGCUCCUCCAGUUCUAGAGGAGAAUCUGGGCCUGGAAAGAGCCUCUGAGCACCCAAGUAAGAAGAGUAUUUUGCUGGCUAGACCAGCUCCAUGUGAGGCAGGGGUGGGGAAUUGCUGGCCUGUGCUGUAGUUUAAAAAACAAAAGAAAACUGGGUGGUGGGGUUAAUUCUGCGCUGCCUGUAUGCUGCAAACAGGCAGGCCCAGCUAAAGCUCAGCUGUUUGCAAAAGGACUUUCAUACAGCCCCUCUGAAAAGCAGGGGUUUGAAGAGCAGCACAAGGCAAUUUUACAAAAAGAUUUCCAAAUAUCUGUGCUUUUUGCAUUCCUGACAAUCAGGACGCAGCGUUGCCUGAUGUGAGGAUGGCACCUGGUGAUUGACGGGAGGGCAGGGGGGCCCCCCACAAGGGUGAAGAGGUAAAGAAUAUGUAGGUUGCCCACCAGCAAAAGUUUCCCAGCCUUGAUCUACAGAAACGGCGUCUGUUCACCUAAACCCCCCGUCUUCCACCUUUCCUCACAACCUUUUACUUUGCUCUCAGGCUGGUACACGCCCCCUAAGGAAGAUGGCUAAGCAUGGAGACGGUCACCCUGGACAGCCUCAGACCGGCCUCGACUUCCCUGCUGAACGCUGCUGCAUUUGGAUUGCAAGGAUGCCUGCUCUUCCUCCUCCUUCUCCUCCUCCUCCUAGGACAGGACACUCACACCCUCCUCCCUCCCUCUUUCUCCACCGCCCGUACUUGCAAGGCGAUUUUAGUGAGCGGCUCCAGCGGGGGACUCUUACGGAAUUAUAAACACUUGCGAGCAGCCGGGCCCUCCCUCUGCUCUGCUCGGGCGACUCGCUUGGACCCGCGCUAGCAGGCAAGCUGGCAGUCACUCUUAUUAAAAACCACACACACACGAAAAAACAAAACAAAACAGCAAAACUCUUUGAUUCUCUUGUUAUCGCUGGAAGCUUCCAGCUCCGCUGCAGUCUAGAGCACCUCUGCCUCUUCCCUCUGCUACGGAUUUAAUUUAUUUUCUUAUUUUCAUGUACACUGCUUUUUUUUUCUUUUCCUUUUUGGUUACAGUGUAUGAUGGAUGUGUAUGGGGGGGAAAUGUAUCUUCUUUGGAGAACAAUUACAUUUGUUAAUUUGAAGGGGAACUAGUCUUACCUCUCUGUCUGCAAUGCAGGUGGCAACUCAGGGUAGGUUAAAGGGUUUGCCUUCCCAGGAAAAAAACAACCAACCACAAAUCCAUGAGGUCUAGAAACUUUAAAAUCAGUUCCUAAAGAUCCUCAGGCUCGUGGAAUUGCCAUAACUUGCUAGAUUUAUAUUGUGUCUGUGUGACGUUCCCUAUGAUCCUGACACAAUAUCUGCACUGUGAUUUUGUUUUUUAACCAGGACCAACUCGGCUUAGUAGUCGUGAGGAUGAUUGCUUUUGAAUCCUCACAGUCCUGUUGUGUUAACUCCUUGUACACACUUGGUUUUUCAGAAUUGGGAAGUAGGAACCCAACAGCUUGCUAGGAUACAAAUUUGGGGUUAGCAAUUAGGUGAGGGCUUUGUGUCUUUCUGGUGCUCCUAGGACACCUAGGUCAGACCAGGGCAGCAAGCAGGUUUCCACACUUCCAGUUUUACUAUUCUUUGACUUUACGCUCCUGUGGACCACUUGAAAAUUGCCAAGGGUAUUCGAUUUGAUUUUUCGGCCAGCUAUAGCGUUCAUAAUGCUGUGUGAUUUUUACUCGUGUUUCAAUUGCUCCUUUAAAUUUCUUGUUUUGUACUUCGCUCCGUUAGAACUGAAAUUGCCUAGAACUGAAAUGCAAUAAAGUACAAGAAAGAAAGAGAGCAAUAAAAAUGCAAUUAAAAAUCUUAAGGCAGGCACAUCAUGGACUACCUGAAAGGAGCACAUGGGCCACUGGUAGUCUGUGCACCAGUUUGGAAGCCCUUGCUGUAGGUCAUAUUUUAAAAUCGGCAGACCUUGGCGGGGGGGGGGUAGAAAAUCAAAGAAGUGGGGAAACUCAACAGCAAAAAUGACUCCAGAGGAAAAAGCUCACCUGAGUGCAAGAGACAAUCAGACAAUUUCUUCCUCAGCAUCACUUUUUAAAAAAGCAAACAAGUUUUAGGUGUACAUGUAUAUAUUUGGUUUUAAUCAACUAAACUACAGAAACAAGGUGGGAAGAACAGGCUCCAAUCAAUAGGCAAAAUUUCAACAUUCCUUGUCUCUUCAAACCCUCCAUCUUUGAACACCACUAAUAUGCAAAAUGCUUUUAAUUAAGAGACAUUUUUUUCCUUCCUGCCGCAACAAGGCACAGUCCUUUUUCCCAAGAGCCCAUCAGCUUGCUUGUCGGAUGUUCUCUCCAGAAUUUCUUUAAACAACUUCCUCCUCCUACUCAUCUUUGAUGGCAAACUUCAAAAUGUGUUGCUGUAAAAAGUUACCAAGAUAGACUUAGAAAAAAAUAUUAGUGUAUUUUAAACACAUCUCCCCGCCCCCAAACACCCAUCAUGACCCAUAGCUCCUGUCACCCUCCAGCCCUUAUAACAGGCUGCCCAUGUGGGGAUGUUUUUAGGAAUUGGAUGUAAACACGGGGUUCAGUUGUAAUCCAGCUGGUUAACUGAUUUUUCCCCCCAUAGAAAAAGCUGUUAGAACUUAACAUAAUCCAAAGAGAAACUCUUGAGAGUGUUGGUAAAUCCCCACUGAAACUCCCAAGCUGUGCUUUUAGUUUCUCAAGCCUAGUAGAUGAAGAAUUAAAACAAACACCAAAUGCAUUAGCUGCACAUAGAAUUGCUAGGUUUCCAGAGACCCUUUGGAACUCUUGGCGCGGAAUUUAGAUUCAGGGCACAGUGAUCUCCAACUUGCAUUGACCCUCAGAACAUGCCGGAAGCGGCCAAUGAGUAAUUCCCUAAACUCUGUGUGCUACACAGGAGCUAAACCGCACCAGCGAGCGUAGAGGUGCCAGUUGCAUCUCUGCAUGAUACCCAGACCUUGCCUCUGCUAGGAUGUAGGGGAUCAAAGCGUUGCUUCUUUGGGUCAGCCAAUUCUGCAGAGCUUCAGCAGAAUUAUCCACCAUGGGAAGAGAUGCCUGUUGCACCUCUGGAUGAUUCACUUGUCGCAUUAAACAGCAGUUUUUAAAACCUAGAGUUUAUUUAACAUGAAUGAGGAGCCCAAAACCGAAAAGUUAUCAGUGCACACCAACUCUGCUCCCAGGAAACCAGCUAAUUAGUUUGGCAUGAGUAGAUCUCCCAUGAGAAGAGGUUACAACAUUUGGGGAGUAUUAAUUUGGGGUGGGUGGUAACAUUGUAAGAGGUGUCUAGGAUAAUGCACGGUUUGGAGAAAAGCAUACAGGGAGAUGUUUUUCUCCCUUUCUCAUAACUCAGAGAUCAAUGGAGUUUGAGUGUUGGAAGAUUAAGGGCACACAAAUGGAAGUACUUUCGGCAGUGCAUUGUUAAACUUUGGGACUCGCUUCCACAGGCAUUGCUCUUCCGCAAAGCUUGUGGGCAAAUUUGCUGUCGCAAGACCCCCAGCAGGUGAAAAUGUGAAGGAUAAGACUCUCAGUGUCCAGUAGCAAAGAUGGCUGUGUUCUAAUCUUGGAGGUAGUUCACUGCUGGGAACUGCAAGCAAGGAGAGCCGCUGUUGUGCUCUGAUCCUUGCAGGCUUCCCAGAGGCAUCUGAAGGA